AAAGAGAGAGAGAGAGAGAGAGAUAGAUGGGGGUGUGUUAUGGAACUCCUGACUUCCCUACUCCUAGCUAUGCUGGUUAUCUCAAAUCAGGAGCGAAGUGGAAAAUCACUCCAUCAUCUUCUGCCGCCACUACUCCAUCUCCUGCAGCCAGCAAUAGCCUUGACUUACUGGCUGCCCGCGACAAAAAAGCCUUCAGAGGUGGAAAGAUUGUGGCAGGCUCCAGCUUGACCGUCUUCAGUUUCGCAGAAUUGAAAGAGGCAACCAAAAAUUUUCCAGCCGAUGCGCUGCUUGGAAAGGGAGGAGUUGGUCGUGUCUAUAAAGGGAUGCUUCAUGGGGAGCAACAGCCUGGAAGUACAGAGACUAUAAUAGCUGUGAAACUAUUAAACCCGGAUGCUGCUCAAGGGCAUAGAGAGUGGAUGAGGGAGAUAGCCUCUAUUGAAAAGAUAUCUCACCCUAACCUUGCCAAGCUCCUGGGAUUUUGUCCAGAUGAUGAAAAUUUAGCUCUUGUUUAUGAGUUCAUGCCAAAGGGCAGUUUAGAAUACCAGCUAUUCAGAAGUGGCUCCACUGCAAGUCUUCCAUGGGAUGUACGCCUCAAGAUUAUGGUCGGGGCUGCCACAGGCCUGGCCUUCUUGCACAAUUGCUGUCGCAUGAUACACAUGGAUUUCAGAAGUGCAAAUAUUUUGCUAGAUGGGUCUUACACGGCCAAACUCUCGGACUGUGGAUUGGAGAAGUCUGGUCCUCAAGUGAGGGUGUCGCCUAUUUCAAAACAGGUUAUGGAUACCUAUGGCUAUGCUGCCCCUGAAUAUAUAGCAACAGGGCAUCUCUAUCUAAAGAGUAAUGUUUUCAGUUUCGGUGUCGUGUUGCUUGAGACACUAACAGGCUUGAGGGCAAUUGAUCCAAGCCGUCCAGCAGGCAAAGUUGAUUUAGUGAAGUGGGCCAAACCACUCUUAUCCAGUAAAAAAAAAGUGAGGACUAUAAUGGACUCUAGAUUGAAGGGCAAAUAUUACGCAGACUCUGCACACCAAAUAGCACAGCUAGUUUCAUUAUGCCUCCAACCGGAACCUGAGCAGCGGCCUUCCAUGUCUGAAGUCGUGGAAGAACUGAAAUCAAUAGAAGCUGCCCGUGCUAAUGGAACACUUCGGAAAGCUUGAAUUUAUUAUGUCGUUUGUACUUCAUGUCAUGGGAUCAAAGUCUGUUGCUUCCCAGGAUAAAUCGUGGGCUUUGAAUGUUCUUUUCUACUGUACCCAGUAGUUACUAGGCAUUGUGUUUUCUUGUAAGCUCUUUGGAAUAUUCAUGCGUGUCUAUCAUUAUGUGCAUCAACCUAGUUGAGAUGUUGUGAUUACACUUUCUUUAAGAGGGGACUGGUUUUUCGAUUGCUAAUCCUCAAUUUUGUUAGCAAUCUAAGGUUUACCAAAAGUAGUCUGUAGCUCUUCAAGAGUCCAAGCUCUUUUGUUUCUUCUCAUGCUCAAGCUUUGAACGUCAGCAGAAGCACAUUGUUAUUGCUGUCAGAAAUUUGUUCUUGCAGUUGCAGUACUCGGCCCGCCACCAAUCUCCAGAAGUAUUAUGCUGUUUGGUCCGUUCUCGUAGUCAUUUUUGAGCUCUGGGACAAGGUUGGGUUGCUGAUUGACUCAUUUAAAGCAAAGAGCUGCCCAGUUAUUUAUUAAAGAUGAACAAGACAUGUAAUGUGGUGCUAUUUUGUUGCAG